AUGGAGAGCGUCGUGGAGUAUUGUGCCGAGUGUAGCGCGAACCUGUUGCCGGCUAUAGAUACUGCUCAGAAAACCCCUAAAAAUAUAGAAGAAUAUGAAGAGCAGCAGGACAAAGAAGCAGAGGAAUUGAGUCAUAGUGGUGGAACCGUAGGAAGUCGGAAAACUCCAGAGUUCACCAUGAAUUAUCAACAGUCUGUGUCAGCAGAAGAUGUCUUUUUACAGAUCGGGUCGAAAACACCAUCAUCGGCUAGCUGCGAGAACUUGAUCGUUAGAAUCAAAAUGCCCGGUGAUAAGAAAGAGAAUGUUGAUUUAUCGGUUGACAAUAACAGCGUGGCGGUACACUCCUCACGGUAUCAACUGAAACUGCCGUUACCUCACAGCAUUAACCCAGAUACGUCUAAAGCGACCUGGGUCUCUACUGACGAGACUCUAGUUUUGACCCUGAAGCUGGAUAGAGAAUUUGAUUUCAUCAAUUUCUAAAGAACUUUUAUUUAUUAACAAAGCUGCCUUUCAUAAAAGUUGUGUUUUGUUUCAAAAGCAAACGAAUAUAUCGGUCUAUUAAAGGUCGAGUAUGUAUUUUUAAUUUAAAUAUAGAUAAUAUAAUAAAUGACAUGGUUCGGUUUGUCUUAUUUAUGUUAAUAAGUCCUUUUAGGGAUUGCUUUUGCCAAUCUUAAUAAAUUCCUCAAUAAAUAGAAAUGUGUUUUAUAUUGAAAGCAAUGACAACAAAGACAUAACGUAGUCGUUAAUUUUCUGGUAUGAUGUCACUGCAUUUAUGUUGAUGUUGAUAAAUCUUAAUUUCUAAUGGUCACGGAAAUCAUAAUUUCAAGAUCAUUUGAGACUUGGCCGCCGCAUACUUUUCAUAGAACAUUAUAUAGUAUUUAUGGUAGAGCGAUGUGGUUGAACUACCGCUAUGCUGGCUGAACCAAUUGACUGGUGGAUGAAUAACGGUUGCACUUUUAAUAAAAAAGGCAUUUAACAUUUAGUUUAUUGAAAUGUGACGUCACACGAUUUUUUUUAAUGGUCGACCUCAUAUCGGUUCUUGUAAUCCACAAAUGAUAAAUCGCAUGUUAAUUCUGCAAACAUUAAAUAUACACAAAACACUUAAAAUAUACAUACCUCAUAAUUUGUCUUUAUAACUGUCAAGUAGCCAAAUUGUUAAGGUAACUACGAACAAAGUAUACUUAUCAUUAAAGGUUUAAUUUUCUUUUAAGCAAAUAUCCAUAUAUAUUUAAACAAAUAUUAGACCACCGUUAAUGAUCAUUUUUUUGUAUAAUUUUCCCAAAAAAACAGAUUUUCAUAAAAAAUAUAAGUAGGUAGGUAUAUUCUAUUCAAUGCCCACAUCAUAGUUGAUUCUUUGCUGGGGUUGCUUUCAUUCUGGAGGUGAAAAAUGUUUAAUGAAAAUAACUCUGCUAUAUCGCCGGGGGACCGUUCUGGUUCUGUGUCACAUUGUAAGAACGGGGCUGCAAUGAGUUAAACCAAGUUCAAAAAUAAAAUUCUUUUAUUUUGGUUCGGAUUUGUCAGUCGUGUUUUUGUUAUAUCUAUAGGUACUAAUAUUAUGAAGUGGGAAUGUUUGAUUGUUUUUUUGUUUGAUUGGGUCCAAAACCGAUUUUAAUAUGUUUUUUAUUUCCCGGAAGCUUCAUCAUACGCAUAUGACAUAGGUUAUACUUUACGCGAGGAACUAGUAAGAAAACU